AUAAAAAAUAUGAUAAAUAAAACCACGUACACUGUACAGAACCACUUUCAUAGCCCCCCUCUUCCUCUCUCUCUCCUCCUUUCCUAAUCCUUAAACCUCCAUUAAUGACACAACCAGUGAGAGAGAGAAAAAUAAUCAACACGAUAUCAACACGACACGAUAACUUCGUGCUAAUUCGCGUCGGAUUAACGGAUCGUGUGUAAUAUUGUCACGUCUAGUCUCUUCAAUCUGUUGCUUGCUUCGCUUCAAAAUCCCUCACAAACAAAACCCGCGACUUUUUUCUUUCUUCCUUUCAUAAUUUUUUUUCAAAAAAAUUUCCCACAACACAACGCUUCGGAAGCCUAUUGUCGUUUCAAAACCAAAACCUCAGACUUCUCAACGCCUCCAUCUCUGCCGACAAAGGAGUUCCUCAUUAUCACGCUGUUGGGUCGCCUGUUUCUGAUAGUUGCGCGUGAAAAGCAUUAAAUUAUCCGAAUAUAGCGAAGGGAGGGUUAAAGAUAUUUGCUUUCCAUUUUUGGCAAAAAGGUACCAACACCUCGGCUCUCUUUUCACUUUAUUCUUCAGCUUAGGUUGAGCUUGACGAUUCUUCCAGUUUUGACUUCCUCUAAGGUGUACUGCGUCAGAGAAUUGAACCCUCCGGGCUUCGCCAUCUGGUUUGGAAACUGCUUUUUCGGAGCCAAAUCAGGUACUUGCACAUGUUUCCUCACUGAACAAAUUCCUUUAUAAGGUGUCAGUCUAGAGUUGUUUUUUCCCAGAGUUGUGCGUGAAAAUGGGGUUUCAGACACGACCCAUGAGUAGAAAUUUCAGCCAAGAUGAAGCGGAAGAUGAUAUUGCUAGCAUUUCGCAUUUGAUUUCGACGCUGAGAUCGGCAUUUCUGACUUCUGAUUUCAACCACGUAGAAGAAAAAUUAAUAGCCAGAGAAACUAAACUAAAGAGGGAGAUUAUUAAGCUGAAGAGUGAGAAUGAAGUGCUGGAGGAAAAACACCAAUUUGAUAGGUUGGAAAAGCUUAACCUUGAGGAAGAGCGAAAUGCAGCAAAUGAGAGAUACGAGAAGCUACUGGAGGUGGUGAUGAGGGGAGUGGGAUCCGAUGAUAAAGUUACAAUGUUGGAGCUCAGGAGGAAGAACGAUGAGUUGGAGAGUGAAAAGAAGAAGCUUGAGGCUUUGCUUCAUAGUAAUUUUACAAGAUGGGAGAACAACAUUUCAAGGUUAGAGAAUGAUACAGAGGAAUUGAUGAACGAAAGGCGUAUGGGUUCAAGAAAAAUGAGAGGAAAAAGAGGAAAUUGUGGAAUGAUUGUUGAUGGUAAAAAGGACAAUUGUAGUGUAACCCGUUCCCCUGUCAUAGAUUUAGAGAAUGUGGAUGAUUUGAAUGAAAAUGGAAGCGUGGCAGCUAGCGCACCAGUCUCUCCUUUGAGUGAUCAUUCGCAUUCUAAAGGCAAUGGACAUCAGCAAAAUUCAGGUGCUCGCAAAUUUUCAUCCGGAGGCGCUGGUUUUAUUGUCUCUAGUGAUGAUGAUUGUGCACCCAGAGAAAAUUCAGGUUUGUCUGGGGUACAAAAGAAACCAAAGUUUCUCAAAAGAAAAUGUGCUUCAUCUCUGAGCAGUGGUGUUAAGGAGAAUGGUGAUGACAAUUUUGACGAGAUGGAGCAACACUCUAAGUUAAACCUUGAACCCUUUGGUUCUAAGGUGAAUCACUGCUCAGAAGCAGGUGUUACUUCCACUACUAAUGACCCAUCAAGUCGUGAUCCAGUGAACUUAAGACAAGCUGAAGAAGAAAUAGAGCCAGAACAGAAGUUAAUGGAAUUUAUUAGGCCUCUUGCGGAGGCGAGGGUUGAUUGUGAUAGUGGCAGUUCUAGUUCCAGUUCUUCUGAUUCUGAGGAUGGCAAUAGACGUCAGUUUUUAUACUCUUAUGCGAUGCAAAAGGUCAAAGAAAGAAAGGAAUACUUUUCAAGAGAUUCUUGUAUCUGAGGAUCCAUAUGGGAGGCUAAAAAGGAACUGUCAAGGAGAUGUAGGUGUAUGCUGGAGAACUUCUUUGUGACUGCAAGAGACCUAUCAGUGGUACUUUGAGCACUUUUUUGAGAUAUGCUAUAUGCUUGACAGAAUUUGAUCUGAGCCCUUUACUUUUGCUAUAUUGUAAGUAUGAACUCAUAAUUUCGACGGGAGCAAUACAAACCCGAGUAGUAGACAGUUUUCGUAUUGGGCUGGUCAGUGAAAUGGUGUAGUGAGUAAUCUGUUUACUAAUGUGAAUUUGCAGCUAUGGUUGCUCUAGUUUCUAUUUAUAUUUCCCUUGCUUCUUUUUUGGGUCAA